CACACAGUUGGAAACACCUCCCACCUGACAAGGACAAUUAAGCGGAGGAGCAGCUUUCUAAUCUCUGAUCUCUGAUAAUACCGUCCCACGGACGGGGUUUAGCAUCUGCGCCUGAUUUAUGGACUACUUUUUUUGACGCAUACCUUUGACCGCUCCAUGCGUGCGCAUUGGUUAGUUUUAAGGUUGGUUGGUUUGAGGCAACUUUUUUGAGCAUCGUGGAUCACUAAUCGUACCGCAUCAUGCGUAAUGGUGAUGAUCUUUUGGGCACAGGAGCCCUCAGUCUUGUUGGAUUAAGAGUCCGUGACCCCAAAUCACUUGAACCCGUUUGCUGCGUCUGACUUGCUGGGAUGGAGAUCCAGCUGAGACCCAGGGUGUGCUACCUGAUCAAAACAGAACACGGUUAUGGAUUCCAUCUUCACGGUGAGAAGAACAAAGGUGGACAGUUUAUCCGGAGAGUGGAGCCCGGCUCUUCGGCUGACCUGGCCGGGCUGAGACCCGGGGAUCGGGUGGUGGAGGUGAACGGGGAGAAUGUGGAGAAGGAAAGCCACCAUCAGGUGGUGGAGCGUAUUCGAGAGGUACCUCACCGUACCAGACUACUGGUAGUGGAUCGAAAUACGGAAGACUACCUCCAGAGUUGCGGCCUGGCUUGCACAGAGGAUUUGGCCAUCGAGAUGGGAACCCUCUCCCCGCGUCCCUCGCCUGGGACCACACCGUCCACUUCUCCCAUACCCCGGACGAUUUCACCCAGGUCCCUCAAGUCUGAUGACACUCUUCCUGCAGAGUCACCCACUCCCGUGACCCUCGGAGGCAAGGUCAAGAGAUCCUCAGUGACAUCGAGUACUGUAACGGAUACGGAGAUGGAGGCCUCACCAGAGCCAUCAACCGAGCUCCUUCCCCGCCUGUGUCAUCUGGUGAAAGGGGAACAAGGCUAUGGCUUCAACCUACACAACAAUAAGGCAAAGUGUGGACAAUUUGUACGCUCCGUGGACCCCCACUCGCCUGCUGAGAGUGCAGACAUGCGUCCAGGAGACCGGCUGGUGGAGGUAAACGGGGUGAACAUUGAAGGUAUGAAGCACUCUGAGGUUGUGGCACUCAUUAGAGUAAGUGAGCAAGAAGUGCGCCUCCUGGUGGUCGACCAGGAGACAGACGAGCUCUUCCAUAGACUGGGGAUCACGCCUACUGCACGACACGUCUACAUGGAUGAAUCAGCUGCAGAAGUUGCAUCAUCUUCACCUUCACCAACCAUUGACCACCAUUCCACCACGGAAGCACCAAUCAUACAUGUGACCCUAACAGACGCCACCAUCACAAACAUGUCCCCUAAACCCCGAGCCAACGGAAGCUGUGCAUCCCAGUCCUCCACCAGCUCCACCACCCAAUCAGAGAUCAGUAGCUCUGACAUGAGCUUCCAGGUCCCCGAUGAGGAUGACAGGCGAGUUUCCGACCCUUUCUUGGACAGCGGUCUCCGCUUGAGCCCGACUGCGGCCGAGGCGAAACAAAAGGUGCUUGCCGGGCGCCACAAAAAGAAGGCGCCCCCUAUGGAUUGGAGCAAGAAACAGGAGAUCUUUAGCAACUUCUGAUUGCACAGAAUAAGAAGAAUGCAGACAACAAGGAUGGUUUAUGAACUAUGAUACCAUUCACUUGGUCAAAAGUAAAUACAAACAGUAACAAUCAUAGUGAUAGUGAUCAUUUAGAUUGGUUAUGUCAUUUACUGUAUAUGGGCCAUUCCACCACAUUGGUGCCUUUUGUUGGUUCAUUUUGAGUCGUGUAUCAGUCCAUCUCAGGUAACUUUAUUUCCUUUUUGAAUACGUUUUUGAAUACACUAAUAUUUCUUUAUUAGUGUAUUUUUUUUCCUCACGAGGGUCGCGGGGGUGCUGGAGCCUAUCCCAGCUGUUUUUGGGCAAGAGGCGGGGUACACCC